UAGGACAUUUCAAUUCAAUGUAUGCAAAUAGAUGAUUGGUUAAAAAGGAUAAAAUGCCGUCCCUGGAUUAUAUACAGAUUAGUUUUCGAUUUGAUAGAUGAAGAAUCCUUAACCUGAGCCUUUGCUUUCCUAUGGGCAUUGUGUGCCACCCCGUGAGUCCGAUUUCUGGCAGUCGUUGCUACAGUGCUCAGAUCUUACAUCUCCAUGCAACUCUGGCAUAUCGGUCGAGCAGCCCGACAACAGGCUUUGGAUAAGGCCGGCUUGGAGAUGGUGAGCAGCAACAACAUUCCUAACAGUGAUGAGCACUCGACGCCUAGACCUAUGACGACCGAGGAAAUCAGGGAAUGCAUUGCUUUUUUCGCGCAAGCAGCUAGAAAUGCUUUAGCGGCUGGUUUUGAUGGAGUUGAGCUUUAUGGCGCCAACGGGUAUUUAAUCGAUUAGUUUAUCCAGGAUACCUGCAACAUCCGGAGCGAUGAGUGAGGUGGCAGCGUCGAGAACCGGUCAUGGUUUUGCUUUGAGGCUGUCAAAGCAGUUUACGAAGCGAUUGGCGCAGAUCGCACGGCUAUACCCCUGUCACCGUUUAGCAUGUUCCAGGGCAUGCAGAUGAAAGAUCCUAUUCUGCAGUUCACAGAUCUUAUAUCGCGACUUCGAGAACUUCUUCCUGCUUAUUUGCAUUUGAUCAAGCCAUGGGUCGCUGGUAAUGUGGACAAAGAAGCACAGACAGAUGAAAGUCUGGACUUUGCAAUUCAGAUAUAGUCAAAAGCUAGUCCGAUUAUUUUGGCUAGAGGCUGUUCCGUGGAGAAGGCAAAUCUGGCUUUGGAGACAGGCGACAGCUCUCAAAGAUGAACCUGUUGCAUUUGCCUUUGGCAGACACUUCAUUUCCAAUCCUGAUCUACCUUUCAGGCUUAAGAACAAUAA